AUGGAAAAACUUGAUUUGUCUAAGCUGAAACUGGCAUCUUCUUCAUUUGGGGAGAGGAUAAAGACGAGCGGCGCUCAGAUGGGCCGGACGAUCAGCAUGAAAAUGAAGGAAAUUCUCCAGAGUCCGACACCGGCAUCCAAAAUAGUCGAUGAGGCGACGGCGGAGACCAUGGAGGAGCCCAACUGGAGUUUGAACCUCCGCAUUUGCGCCAUGAUCAAUAAGGAGGAAUUAAAUGGGACGGAAAUCGUUAAGGCUAUUAAGAAAAAAUUGGUGGCCGGAAAAAAUCCGGUGAGUCAGAUGUUGAGUUUGGACUUGUUGGAGACUUGCACGUCGAAUUGCGAAAAGAUGUUCUCCGAGGUGGCGUCGGAGAAGGUGCUGGAUGAUAUGGUGAGGUUGAUUGAUGAUCAGAAGACGGAGCACGGGAACAGGGUUAGGGCGAUGCAGCUGAUCCGGGGCUGGGGCGAGUCUGAGGAUCUCAUGUACUUGCCCGCGUUUCAUCAGACUUAUUUGAACUUGAAAACAAGAGGGAGACCUCCAGUAACACAAGAUGGAAAUGCAUCCCCCACGCAAUACAGCCUGGAGUCAUAUCUUGAUCAAUGGCCCCGGUCACCUCCUGGAAAUUAUCCUGUUCCCCACACUGGUUUGCAAAAUGUUGCAGAUGCCACAUUCAUUAGUUAUGGCAUUCAAUCUGUUGAAGAGAAGAAAGAGUUUCUUGAAAUAACUCGAAGUAGUCUCGACAUUUUUUCCAGCAUAUUGAGUUCUGAAGUUGAAUCCAAACCUCUCAAGGAUGAUCUGACUGUGAACAUGUUGGAGAAAUGCCGACAAUCAUUGCCUGUUCUUCAGGUAAUUAUCGAAAGCACGUCUGACGAUGAUCUGAUGCUUUUCGAGGCUCUAAACCUCAACGACGAGCUUCAAAAAGUCAUUUCCAAAUACGAAGAAAUGGUAGCUUCCUUAGAAUCAGAACGGCCUAACUCUGAUGUCAAUGCAAGAGAAGAACUGCCUAAUCAUUCCGAUGCAAAAGAACUGCCUAAUUACUCUGAUGUCAAAGGAGCAACUUUAGCACUGCAGAAUGAAAGUCAACAUGAAACCGAUAGCCUGAAUUCAUCAAAAAUAGGGCUCGUUGGAUCCCAGAGUGAGACGAAUAAUAAGAGUGAUCGAGCACAAGCAGGAUUCCAGCGUGAGAAGAAUGAUACGAGUGCUCGAGCACCAGAGAGCGCUAAUAAAAGCAGCAAAGAGUGA